AUGGCGACCACAACAGAGACCAUCGUGCCGUUGUCGCCCGUAGACAUGAUGCGCGCAAUGGCUGCCAAAUACAGUACCGAUUUUCCAAUCCACAUAGGCGAAACUGUCAUCCAUGGAUCAACCGCGUCUCGCCUGGGACGCGACGUUGUCCUGGUCACAGGCACGACUGGCAGCCUGGGCUGUCAUCUGCUCGAGACCCUGGUCUCGGCUCAGGACGUUGGCCGGAUCUACGCGCUCAACAGAGCAGCAAAGGACAACAUGCCCCUGCGCGAGCGGCAGGCGCUGGGCCUGAUCGAGCGUGGGAUCGAUACGAAGAUCCUGGACUCGUCCAAGGUUGUUCUCCUGGAAGGCGAUCUUACGAAGCCUGACUGGGGUCUGCACACGGAAACCUUCCUGGAGGUGCACCACUCUGUGACACAUAUAAUCCACAACGCAUGGCGCGUGGACAUGAACGCGAAGCUUCCGGGCUUCGAACCAGUAAUCCGGGGCCUGCGCUCCCUAAUCGACUUUGCCCUGACUUCACCGUUGCCGUCACCUCCACGUCUCAUGUUCACGAGUUCGAUGGUCAUCAUGCUCAGUGCGUUUUCCGCACGUCUACACUUCUUUGGCUUUGAGGUUACUGACAGGUGCCCGACAGACGGCCCCAGGGACAGAGUCGUGCCCGAAGCACCUGUGCCCCCGGAACUCGCGCUCAUGAGCGGAUAUUCACAAUCGAAGUGGGUAGCCGAGCAGAUUCUGCAGAACGCGGGAGCAAGGACUGCAUUGGAUCCGCUCGUCUGCCGGGUAGGCCAGGUGUCGGGUGGUCCGAGCGGUGACUGGGCCCCAAAUGAGUGGUAUCCCGUCAUGGUGCAGAGCGCGACGCAAGUGGGCUGUUUCCCAGAAGACCCUAGGCCUGUGAAUAUCAUUCCGUUCGACAUCGCCGCCACCGCAAUCGCAGACUUCCGCAAAGCCAGCAACGCCAACCACACGGUGCACUUGAUCCACCCGCGUCCGGUGCCUUGGGACUCUAUUGCAUCUGUCAUCGCGUCAGAGCUUGGCGUCCCGCUCGUACCGUACGAGGAGUGGCUGGGUAGGGUGGAGGCUGCCGCGCGGUCGCUGCCGCAGCUGACACCGACCGAGCGGAAGGCGCGGAUGCGGGCGUUGCGCGCGAUCUUGCUUAUCCCAUACUUCCGGUCUCUCCAACGGACGACGACGUCGAGCUACUCAGCACUGAACUGGCCAGACCCGGACGUCGCCCUGGCAAAGCAGGCAUCUCCGACGCUGGAUGACCCGAACCUGCGCCAGCUCGGUCCGGAGGACGUCAGGAAGUGGCUGGCGUACUGGCGGAAAGUCGGCCUUCUCCCAAGUGACCGCCAAGCACGCCUCUAAGAAUAUCUCGUCAUUAGUGGUUCUCCGUGGCCUGGUCGCCGUUAUCGUAGAAUCUCCAUACGUCACCACGUUCUCUCGCUCUCGUUCUCGUUCUGCUGAUUUAAAGCUAUUCUUAUCUACCGGAGACCAUCAGACCAAUAUGUACAACCAAAUUUGACCUAUACCAUACCAUUGUAUACAGCCGUACCGCUUUCAUCGCA